CAUAAAGACACUGAGAAUCUUUAAGAACCACUGAAUUGGAAACACGCAGUAAAUAGUGCAAAAAAGAAAACUGUUGGCCAUUUAGAAACACAAAUGCCCACCUAUUUGAGGACUUUUGAUGGCAAUUUAAAUGGGAUUCGUCUAAUCAUCAUUUCUAUUUUCGGCACUAGGACAAAGAGUCGCCGUCUGUCUCAACAUAAUUAUUGUACAAAUCAUGGACGGUGGAGUCGAGCGGCAUGGCUCUAAAAUGGGAAGGACAGAUAGCCAACACAGUCAUUGAAAUAUUUAUCUGCACACCAUAAUAGUCAUAACGAGGGGGUAAAUACUCAAGAGUACACUCGGGAAAAACUGGAGGAAUCUUUCCGAAAUUAUAUAAAGAUCUUCGGAAACAGAUAUUUCUUGUGUGGAUCUACCACCACCAUCAUCACCAUGGUGUUGAUGAAGAGUUACUGUGAAGCAGAAGUCUCCAUGCAGACGGUCUGGGUGGAGGGUGGCCUGACCUCCUGCUUCUACUUCACACUGGUACCCUCUAUCCUCCUCGCCCUCUCCUUCCUCUUCGGCACCUUCUUGUGCAUCUGCUACAGCCGCUACGGCACGGACAUGGAGCCUAAAUUCAUCCCUCGCUCACGGCUUUACCGACUCCAAGUGUGCCUGUCGGUGCUGUUCGUCCUGCAGGCCCUGGGCUGGAUGGUGUUUCGGAUCGCCCAUGGUGGUGAGGUCCCGGGAUAUGUGGUGCUUUACGGGUGUCUCUCCAUGCUGGGCUGGGUUUGGGCCAUAGCCCUGCUGCAUUUGGAGAGGAAGAGGGUUCUGGUUCGGGAUAGAACCAGAGGCCACAGUGCGGUUCUGCUGCUGUACUGGGCCGUAGCUUUUGCAGCUGAAAAUCUGGCAUUUAUAUCGUGGAUGAGCCCACAGUGGUGGUGGGCUUUGGAGACGUCCAAUCAACAGAUAGAGUUUGGGUUCUGGCUGGUACGGUACUUCAGUUCAGGUUUGCUCUUCCUGGUAGGCCUAAAAGCUCCAGGGUUGCCACGGCGACCAUACAUGCUUCUUGUCAACGAAGAUGAGCGAGAUGUGGAGCAUGCCGUACAGCCUCUCUUGGGCAAUUCUGCAGAGAGUCAGUCAACAUGGAAGGACUUUGGGAAGAAGGUGCAUCUUUUGGUGCCAUACAUGUGGCCUAAAGGAAGUGUCUUGCUUCAGCUGCUGGUUGUGCUGUGUCUCGGUCUGCUGGCAGUGGAGCGUGGCAUCAAUGUGUUUGUGCCCAUCUUCUACAAAAACAUAGUGAACGAGCUAACAGAUGGAAGUUCUUGGAAGACGCUGGCCACUACAGUGUGUAUUUAUGUGCUGCUCAAGUUCCUGCAGGGAGGUGGAGCUGGUGCGUCUGGGUUUGUGAGUAACCUGCGUUCUUUCCUGUGGAUUCGGGUGCAGCAGUACACUAAUCGUGUGGUCCAGGUACGUCUCUUCGCUCACCUGCACUCUUUGUCUCUGCGCUGGCACCUGGGCCGCCGCACUGGAGACGUCCUGAGGAGCAUCGACAGAGGAACCUCCUCCAUUAACAGCUUGCUCAGCUACAUCGUGUUCAGCAUCUUCCCUACCAUUGCUGACAUUGUUAUUGCCAUUGUCUAUUUCAUCUCCUACUUCAACGCCUGGUUCGGCCUCAUAGUUUUUAUUUGCAUGGCCCUCUACCUCACUCUCACGAUUGUUAUCACGGAAUGGAGAACCAAAUACAGGCGAGAUAUGAACAUACAAGAUAACAAUGCCAAAUCCAAAGCUGUGGACUCUUUAUUGAACUUUGAGACGGUGAAAUAUUAUAAUGCAGAAAGUUAUGAAGUGAAUCGCUUUGAGGAUGCCAUCUUAAAAUAUCAGGAAUCAGAAUGGAAGACCAAUGCUUCUCUAGCCCUCUUAAAUCAAACUCAGAAUCUCAUCAUUGGUUCAGGUCUGCUGGCUGGAUCUCUGCUGUGUGCAUACUUUGUGACAGAGGGCAAGUUUCAGGUUGGAGAUUAUGUGCUGUUUGGAACAUAUAUCAUCCAACUCUACACCCCACUCAACUGGUUUGGAACAUACUAUAGAAUGAUCCAGAACUCUUUUAUCGACAUGGAAAGCAUGUUUAAGCUGUUUACUGAGGAAGAAGAGGUGAAGGAUGAUGUCAAUGCAGGAAGCCUCUACUACAGGCAGGGAAAAGUCGAGUUUGAAAAUGUCUUCUUCAGCUACACGCAAGGCAAGGAGAUUCUUAAAGAUGUCUCUUUCACUGUACUCCCUGGCCAGACAGUGGCACUUGUUGGACAGUCAGGUUCUGGAAAAAGUACCAUGAUACGCCUGCUUUUCCGUUUUUAUGAUGUUCAAGGCGGGUGUAUAAAGAUAGACGGUCAAGACAUUUCAAAAGUGAAGCAGUCCUCUCUGCGUGCUCACAUUGGCGUCGUCCCUCAGGACACUGUCCUGUUUAAUGACAACAUUCGGGACAACAUCCGCUAUGGUCGAGUUACUGCUACUGACAUGGAGGUGGAGGAAGCUGCCAUUGCUGCCGACAUCCACGACAAAAUCAUAGCCUUCCCUGAAGGCUAUGGCACUCAGGUGGGUGAGAGGGGUCUAAAGUUGAGUGGAGGAGAGAAGCAGAGAGUCGCCAUCGCUCGCACCAUCCUGAAAGCACCACAGAUCAUUCUACUCGAUGAGGCCACCUCUGCUCUAGACACACAGACAGAACGAAACAUUCAGGCCUCAUUGGCUAAAGUCUGUGCCAAUAGAACUACCAUUGUGGUGGCUCACAGGUUGUCGACUAUCAUUGGAGCCGACAUGAUUCUUGUUCUCAGAGAUGGACAGAUUGUGGAGAGAGGAAGGCACGAUGAGCUGUUGGCGAAGGGAGGGCUGUACUCUGACAUGUGGCUGAAACAGCAGCAGGCGCAGGACUCUGAUUCAUCCUCCGACACUGAGACCAAAGACAGAAAAUCAGUGAAACUACAACCUCCAGCAUCCACUGCAGGACAUGGGGGUCACUGAACAACACUAGACGUUCAAUGAGACGUGUGAAUUGUAUUCAUUUUAAUUUCAGCCAAUGCUGUUUUUGCAUUUUAGCAUCAUAUUUAUUUAAUGGCACAGUUUUGGAUCAUGUUUGUCCCAAGGACGUUCUGAGGCCCGUUCUUUAAUGUGGCCCUUUCAAAGAUAUUUUAGUCCUUUAUGUUUUUAUUAUUUUGCUUGACAUCCACUUGCACUUGCAACUCAGUUUCCUUGCAUUAGGAUAGGUCUAACUUGAAUCUAACAAAAGGAAUAGUUCACCCAAAAAUGAAAAUUCUCUCAUCAUUUACUCACCCCCAUGCUAUCCCAGAUGUCUAUGACUUUCUA